AUGGCUUCAGACUGGGCAGCUAAAUUGGCUAAUGCAGCACCAACUCAAGACAAGCCAACGACUAAUGAAACGCUACUCACGCAAGCAAAACAAGACAAGAAAGUGAAAUCAUCUAGGUCGACAUCGAGAACCCCUCCACCACCACCACCAUCAUCAUCGUCAUCAUUCAAUGGACAGGAAAUUAAGCAAUUCCUACAAUCGCACUACCAAACAUACCUUGCCAAAGCACAACAGGAUAAGGAUGGAGAACAGUACAAGGUUUACCGGUCAUUGGAGUCGUCGAAUCAAUGGGAGACCCAAGUCAGGUCGAAUCCAAAGAAUGUAUUGAGGAACCGACCCCAGAGCAAUACUAUUGACAUUUUGUUUGAGAUUAAUCGGUCUAUUUAUCAGCAGAGACAAGUUGAGAAAAAAUAG